UGCAGGGUGGGAGGGGAGCGUGCGAACGGGAUCCCCGGCUGCGGAGCACGCUGCCCCUCUCCGUCGCUGAUGACGCGCUAGUUGGGGUCCAAGCGCCGCCCAUGCAGCAUCCCUGCGCUCCCCCGACCUAGAGUUUAUGAUAAAACUCUAAACCGUCUCCGCCGAGGGGAGCCAUGAGCUGUCUGGAUGUUAUGUACCAAGUCUAUGGUCCUCACCAGCCGUAUUUCGCAGCCGCCUACACUCCCUAUCACCAGAAACUAGCUUAUUACUCCAAGAUGCAGGAAGCCCAAGAGUGCAACGCCAGCCCCAGUAACAGCAGUGGCAGCGGCAGCUCCUCUUUUUCCAGCCAAACUCCAGCCAGCAUAAAAGAGGAAGAAGGCAGUCCGGAGAAAGAGCGCCCACCAGAGGCAGAGUACAUCAACUCCCGCUGCGUCCUCUUCACCUAUUUCCAGGGGGACAUCAGCUCCGUGGUGGAUGAGCACUUCAGCAGGGCCCUAAGCCAGCCUAGCAGCUAUUCCCCAAGUUGUACAAGUAGCAAAGCACCGAGGAGCUCCGGGCCCUGGAGGGAUGGCUCCUUCCCAAUGAGCCAACGCAGCUUCCCUGCCUCCUUCUGGAAUAGCGCGUACCAGGCGCCUGUGCCCGCGCCCCUGGGCAGCCCUUUGGCCGCCGCGCACUCGGAGCUGCCCUUCGCCACGGCCGACCCCUACUCGCCCGCCGCUCUGCACGGCCACCUGCACCAGAGCGCCGCGGAACCCUGGCACCACGCGCACCCGCACCACGCGCACCCGCACCCGCACCAGGCGCACCCGCAUCCGCACCAUCCCUACGCACUGGGCGGCGCCCUCGGCGCCCAGGCCACAGCCUACCCGCGGCCCACGGCAGUGCACGAGGUCUACGCGCCGCAUUUCGAUCCGCGCUACGGCCCGCUGUUGAUGCCCUCUGCCUCUGGGCGCCCAGCCCGCCUCGCGCUCGCCCCGGCACCCGCGCCAGGCAGCCCCCCCUGCGAGCUCUCGGCCAAGGGUGAGCCAACCGGCACCGCGUGGGCCGCUCCCGGUGGACCCUUCGCUAGCCCCGCGGGAGACGUGGCCCAGGGUUUGGGCCUCAGCGUGGACUCAGCUCGCCGUUAUUCCCUCUGUGGUGCAUCCCUCCUGAGCUGACCUGCUGACCCAGGGUUCCCCUUCCCUUUCCCUUCCGACCAGCCAGAAGGCUCAGCAUCUAUGCCUCUCACUGCAAGGAUGAGGACAUGGGGAAAGGCAGAGACUUCGAACUUCUCCGUGUGCUGGGAAAACCAAAACAUACAUCUCAGAAAUUUCAUCUAACAAUUAUUCCUUCUCCCAAAAGAGCAGAUCUGAAGACUCUUAAUUAUGUUUAAUGACUUUUGGGCAAAUCACUGGAAAUAUCUGUGGCAAGAUCACUUAGGUGAUAUGAUAUACGUUUUCUUGGAAGGAGGGAAAGGAAACCAACAAGACUUUUGGUGUGAAUAUUUUUAUGCUGAUGUGAAUUAUUUCAUUAAGUAGUGUGAUCAUAGCACUACUGAUGUCAAUAUCCUCAGAUUUCAAAUGUACUUGUAUUUGCAUUGAAGACUGUGGUAGAGAAGUAAAAAGAAGCCAAUCUUUCUUCCUCACCUCAGCAGCCUCCAGCUCCCUUCCUGCCCACUCCCUCCCUGCAACCCAGACUCCAGGCACAAAGACACACUUCUUCCUUUGGACUGUGAACAUGGAAGCCUCAGCCUGAAUGUGAGUGGCAAGUGGUUCAUCUGGAGCCACCUGCCCAAGUCUUACUGAAAUGCAGCUGUUGUAGGACAACUGUUUAAAACUCCAGAAAUACAUCGACCAAGGUGGCACUUCCCAGUGUUUGGCACAGCGAUUGCAGUCGCACUGGAUAUAUUUUAUAUGUGUGUGUAUGUAUAUCAUUUUUUACAAGGAACAUUUUACCAUGAAAGAAGAAACCCUUCUCUGCCUUCUCUCCCACAAAUUCUGUCCCUCAUUCUUUCCUCCCCUGGAUGAAUAAAGGCAAGAGACCCCAACUGUCUGUCUCCAUGAAGGAGUAGGAAUCACCACAAGGGAAAGGAAUGCUCCAUGGAUUCUCCAAUACCUCAAAUAUUUUUCUCUGUCUCUGUGGUCAUGAGUGGGACAUGUUAGUGUUGGGACAGGGGGACGGGUCUGUGUGUGGGCAAAGCUAAAGGUGAUGAGGAAGAAGAAACAUUAAAGAUGUCUGUUUACUACAAGGUCGCUGUGUUGUUUCAU